AUGCCGUCUGAGAAGAGCAUUAAGGCGGGUCUGUCGCUCAUCAAGAACGAUAAGUCCAAGAUCCUGAAUCUGACCGUCGGAAACCACGAAAAUAUCGAGCCAGGCCUUUACAUCCCUCGCGCAGAUGCCCAGUCUCCUCCGAAAGCCUCUUUCGCUGGUCUCUCGCCUGACAAGACCUAUUUCCUAGUGGCACUUGAUAUCGAUGCGCCUUUCCCCUCCUUUGGAGUUCUUGGACCCAUCCUUCAUUGGAUUCAACCUGGUGUCAAGGCUUCUGAAUCGGGGGAACUUGACUUUAGUGCCCCAUUUGUUGCCAACUAUAUUGGUCCUGCGCCUCCACCCGGCAGUGGGCCUCAUCGAUAUACCUUUUACCUAUAUGAGGAGCCAGCUGGGUUCGAUACCAAGAAAUACGCCCCUUCCAAUGGAAAAACUCUAGGCAACUUCUCUCGUAUUCGAUAUGAUCUCGACUCUUGGGCCAAGGAAAUCAAUCUGGGCCCGCUGUUGGCUUACAAUUAUUUCACCAGCAACUAG